GAAUGAAAAGACUUAAUGAAAUUGUUGAAGCUGCAAAUACUGUAAUCUCUCAUAUUGAUCAGACAGCAUUAGCAGUAUAUUUUGCCAUGAAGACUGAUCCCAGGCCUGAUGCAACUACUAUAAAAAAUGAAAUGGAAAAACAGAAGACUACUUUAGUGGAUGCACUUUGUCGGAAAGGGAGUGCACUGGCUGACCAGCUGCUUCAUCUGCAGGCCCAGGAAGGGGCUGCUUCCAGUGAUGCAGAAGGCAAAGAUGAGGAUCCUGAGAACUGCUCAGAAGCUUUGACAGAGACGUUCUGGGAAACAACAAAAUGGACAGAUCUUUUUGACAGCAAGGUUUUGACUUUUGCUUAUAAGCAUGCAUUGGUAAAUAAAAUGUAUGGGAGAGGUCUCAAGUUCGCCACAAAACUUGCAGAAGAGAAGCCAACGAAGGACAACUUGAAAAAUUGCAUUCAGCUAAUGAAGUUGCUUGGAUGGACUCACUGUGCAACUUUCACUGAAAAUUGGCUUCCUGUCAUGUAUCCACCUGAUUAUUGUGUAUUCUAGAAAACCAACAAUUGCAAACUUGAAUUGAUUUUAUAUGGGGCAGGAUAUUAAAAGAUAAGUUUGACUUUUUAUUGGAACGCAUGUUUUCAUUACUGAAUGCUGAUUAUUAAAUUGUGUGUAUUUAUCAGUAAAGGCACCUGGAUACAGCUUAAUACCUGUUGACCUGACUCCUGUCAUCAGGGAGUUUCCUUUUUGUGCAUCCCAUUGCUGGCAAUGGAUGUGCCAGAACUGCCAACACCAAGGAUUUGGAAUUAGGCUGGGAAGGUUUACUGCAUGCAUGUUAAGUUCUUAAAUGUUACUUUUAACUGCAAAUCUGUAAAAGCUCUGUAUUUUUUACAGUAAACUGAAUUUUAACA